UUGCCGCGAAAGCAGCACUUAGUAGUUUUGAGCGAAGCGAAUAUAAAAGUUUGAGGUACUCGUGAACUCACUGAACUUUUUUUUCAGAGAAACUGAGAUAUUGUGACUCAACAGGAUAUUUGACUAAAGAAAUUCACCUUCUUCAGUUUUAAUUUUCUGCUUCCGAUAAAGAGUACAUUUUUUUGUAUGUUAUGGUUAAUUUUUAAAUUUGCCUGCGGCAUAGAAAGGAAUAGGUUUUACUUCGAGAUUCCCAGAUGCAUUUUUACCCGCAUUGCUCAUGAUUCAUCUGAAUGAGACAUGAUCAAGGACCCUCCGUUUUCCGCAUAUAUCAUUGAAAAUCUCCUUUUCUUAUUUGUGACGUCAGUGCCCAUAAUAAGUUCAAGAUACCCUCAGGUACCUCUGCGAAUCAACAUGCUUCACAUACCCACUCCCGUCGUAACGGGGGAAAACGUUAUCUUAAGAUGUGGCUAUGAACUUGGUAAUGAGACUCUCUAUGCUGUCAAGUGGUACAAAAAUAUGGGCGAGUUUUUCAGGUUCGUGCCUGCAUCCGAUCCACCUCUGAAGGCAUUUCCUCAAGUAGGAAUAGAUGUGGACAUAUCUAAAUCAGAUAAAAGUACAGUGUAUCUUCGAAAUUUGAGCCUGGAGAGUUUUGGAAAUUACACGUGCCAAGUGUCUACAGACAAACCUUUCUUUCGAUGUGUUCAGACGACGCGACAACUAGAAGUCGUCGUACCGCCAUCUGACGGACCAGUGCUUAUGGAAGAAAAAUCUGACUAUGAACUUGGCGAUAAUGUCUCCAUCUUAUGCAACUCCGGCAAGUCAAAACCCGCUCCAGAACUGAAAUGGUAUAUUAACGACCAACUAGCACAAUCCGAGUUGGCCGACCAAGAAACCAUCGUGUACCCCGAUCAACUAGAGAGCACAAGUUUGGCCUUGCGUUUCCGACUCAAGCCAGACGUAUUGCAUAAUGGUAAAGUCACGCUUAAGUGCGUCGCUACCAUCAAUCACAUAAGCGCUGUCACUACCAAAGAAAUAAGAGCUUUAGGUAAUAAAGAAAAUUUUUCUGCAUGGCUCUUAUGGUUGGCAUUUACUACAGUGUUCAUCUUCAAGUUCCCAACAGUCCUUCCGUAGUUUGAAUACAAGUCAAUACUUAAUCUUCAAAACCCAUUGUGUCAAAAAUAAUUGUACUUUUGCAGGUAAAUUUAUAUAUUUGAUAAACAUAAGUGAAAACAAACUUUCUAUAUAAGAACAGAAGAAAUACAGGACACUGUACUUCAGUGAAAAGUGUUUACAUUUUUUAAACUUUAUUCAGUGUUUGAAGUUGUUUCAAAAAAUGCUCAUGAAUAAAA